GGCUUAUGACUAGCUUGAUCUCUCUGAGUUAUGGCGCUAGUGCCUCUGUUACAGAAGACAUAAAUCCUCAUGAGGUGCUCAGUAAUGGACAAGAACAGCCACUCAAUAAGACAAUCUUUGAUAAACCAAGACUUAAAUACAGGAAUAAGUACUGGUCGAAUAAACUCAAUCUUGAUGACUUCAUCCAGCUUGAGAACCGCACGCUGCAGGAGAUCUACGACGAUAUCCUUGCCCAAUGGUCAAUAGUAAACUACGAAGCUCUCAACAUCGAACAGGUCAUUACCAGGAACACUAACGAAGAGAUGGAAUAUUUCAACAGCCCUUGUUCUGACAAAAAGGAUCUCACUGCUUUCGAAGAGAAAGAGGAGGAGAAUAAAUCAAGGUACCUACAAAUGUGAAAAGACCUUGUAAAAAGCACUGAUUUCUUCCUCAAAAAUGCUGUGGCAGUGGUGAACAGGAUAAUUUCUAACAAUAAUUUAGAAGAUCACCCAGAGGCGAUCUUCACAUCAUUGACCAAAAUAUUUAGCUUUGUAUUCAGCCACAUCGAGAGGUGGCGGAAAAGGUUUGAUUUCAUGAAUGACUAUGAGCCUACACAGGUGAAGAUCCCGAAAAUUAUCAAGCAACUAACCCUUAUAAUCAAUUCAAUGGAGAGACUGAAGUCUGAAUGGAAGGCAAGCUCGAUGAUACCUCCACAUCAUCCUGGGUUAGAUAGGAGACAUAAUUAGUCACCAAUUUCAGGGUUUUAAUAUUUUAUGUGUCA